CAGCGAGCGGUGAAAAGAAGAGAGACUACCGGUGGACCGAGCCUGUUUCGGGGACCUGUACUUCAGCGGUUCCCUCAUCUGGGUUAUAGGCAAUCUACAAAGCUGCUGCACCGCCAAAAAUGCUCAUAAAGGAAUUUCGAGUGAUUCUUCCCAUAUCUGUGGAAGAGUAUCAGGUGGGCCAGCUGUACUCGGUAGCUGAAGCCAGUAAGAACGAGACAGGAGGAGGAGAGGGAGUGGAGGUGUUAAAAAACGAGCCCUAUGAGAAAGAUGGAGAGAAGGGACAGUACACACACAAAAUAUAUCAUUUGCAGAGUAAAGUGCCAUCAUUUGUCCGAAUGUUGGCUCCUGCGUCGGCUCUCAACAUCCACGAGAAAGCAUGGAACGCAUACCCUUACUGUCGCACAGUCAUCACUAAUGAGUACAUGAAAGAUAACUUCCUGAUCAAAAUUGAGACGUGGCAUAAACCUGACAUGGGACACCUUGAAAAUGUGCAUGGGCUUGACCCCGAGACCUGGAAGAAGGUUGAUGUAGUCUAUAUUGAUAUUGCAGACAGAAGUCAAGUAGAACCUAAGGAUUACAAGCCAGACGAGGAUCCUUGCAGGUUCAAAUCAGUGAAGACAGGAAGAGGUCCUCUAGGCCCAGACUGGAAGAAAGAGCUUCCCAACAAGAAAGACUGCCCACACAUGUGUGCCUACAAACUGGUCACUGUCAAAUUCAAAUGGUGGGGCCUGCAAAACAAGGUGGAGAACUUUAUUCAAAAGCAAGAGAAGCGUUUGUUCACUAACUUCCACCGUCAGCUGUUUUGCUGGAUCGACCACUGGAUUGAGUUGACAAUGGAAGACAUCAGGCGCAUGGAGGAGGACACACGCAAGGAGUUAGACGAGAUGAGAGUUAAAGACCCAGUGAAAGGCAUGGUGGCACUAGAGGACUGAGGUUGUGUUCAACUGUGAAUGCUGCUGCUCAUCAGACAAGUACACCCAGACACCAGCGGAUUCACAUCCCUCUGUUCAGACAGCGUGCAGUGGUCUGGCCCCACCCCUCCUCUCCUGGGAUCAUCAGGUUUUCAGGAAUUCUGGACCUAGUAAAAUCCUGUUUCAAUGAUGAUAUUUUCCUCCUCUCUUCUCAUUCACUUCAUUUAGUUUUUGUUUAUAUUUUUCUUUCAUCUGUCUGUGUGGUUUUCUGAGACCUCCAGUAGCAACACAAUUAAUUCAACUCUCAACAAAAAUAGGUUUUAUUUCUGACAAAGAUAUACUGUUGGUGUAUAUACUGGGAAUAACUGUAUUAAAAUAUAUACUAUAUAUAAAUAUAUA